AUGGCGCAAUCCCCAACAGUUGGUCCUCCGCGCGGAUACCCUUUCAAUAACCGUCUGCUCCUCAUGGCGGCUAACACCCGUAGUAUUCACGACGAUCCCCCUAAAGCCCACGCGUCGCCGGUCAUCUACUUGCGCUACUUCCUGACGUUCUUCCUCGGCGCUGCCGUCGCUCUCUUUUCCACCGCGCAGCGUUCCGACCUCAGCGCCUUGUUCACCGAUCCAACCCUCCGUCUCCCGGCCUAUCCGUACUCUGGUGGCGGUACCGCCACUGGUAAUACUAACAGUACCGUCGACCUCUCCCCGCUCCUUCACGUGUGCUGGUGGUCCGGCGACCACGGCGGCUACACUGUCGACUCCCCGAAUGCGCCGUGGCUGCUGGAGCGCGGGGAGGCGGAGGCAGAGCGGCGAGUGCCGGGGGGCGUGGUUGUGGUCGGGGAGGAGUGCGCGCGGUGCGCGGUGGGGCGGCUGUGCAGUUUCACGAUAGCGGUGCAGCGGCCCGCGCACUGGGACGUGCCACGGUACUCGGCGUUUAAGGGCGAGCUGCUCGUGUCGCUGCACGGGCCCGCCCUGCUGCAGGCGCGCGUCGCGCGCAUCGACAACGACCCGCGGCGCAUGCUCGUGACGUACCGCGUGUGGGACGCGGGGGAGUAUACUGUGCUGGUGCGGGACUCAUGCGGCACGCUCAACUACACAUCGCACCACCUACACCAAACGCACAACAUCGCCAACUGGACGCUCCUCGCGAGUGGGGAAGCGGCGCAGGGCGCGGGAGCGGGGGGCAGCGAGGGGCAGGGCAUGGGGGGAGUGGAGAGCGUGGCGGAGCGGUGGGCGUCCCCGUGCGGGCAGGGGGACAUGGGCCGGUGGCUGCUCAACGGCAGUGACUACAGGUGGGUGUCGUACCCAUGUGCGCCGCCCAUCCCACCCCCCUCGCAGUGGGUGUCCACCCUUGUGGCGCGGGGCUUCCGCGAGCUGAGCUUUGUGGGCGACAGCCACCAGCGCUUUCUCUUCCUGCACCUGCUCUUCCUGCUCUCGCACCACGUCAACACCUCCUUCGUCAAGAGCCACGUGGAUUUCAGCUACCUGGUGGGCAGCGCAGGCCACGUGCGCAUGCUGCAGGGCGGCCCCGAGGAGAGGGUGAGCGAGGAGGAGCGCGCUAGCAUGCCGCUGAAGCUCAACUUCUACUGGGUGGAUGGCAUCUACGAGAACGACCACUACGGCUGCACCAACCGGGGGCGCUUCUCAGAGCGGGAGCACAGCUUCCCAGCCAUCUCCACCACGGCGGACGUGACCAUCUUCAACGGGGGCUUCUGGACCGCCGCCUUCUGUGAGCACGCGGAGCGCGCCCUGAGCGUGUACCUGCCGCCCUACCUCGAGUGGGCCUUCUUCCAGCUCGAGCACGCACAGAACCAGCGGGCAAGGUGGCGCGCUCAGCGCAAGCAGCAGAGGGAGAGCAGCGCGGGGAAGGCGGGGGAGGAGGAGGCGGAUAGCGGGGGGCCGUGGCUAGUGUACCGGAGUAUUCCCCCGCUGCGCACGCAGUACCGAUGCAACCAGGGCACGAACGCACAGGUGGCGCACAUGAACGAGGUGGUGCAGGGGCAGCUGGAGCGGUACGGGUUCUGGUGGCUCAACAUGUGGCCUGUGGAGCUGCCUCGGUUCUCAGACACAUGCAACGGGAACGACCCGCACUUCACGUGCUUCACACCCGCUGAGAACCCUAAUGGCGAUGGGGUGCUCACAGGGCCCGUUGGGGAGGCUGCUGUGUACAGGACUGUACAGUUUAUUCUUCAUGAACUCGUUAGAUAG